AUGCAGAAUGGAUAUCCGACGCGUCAGACCGACCAUCGGGAUAUCCGGCCGUCUCUAUGGGACCGAUUUACUAGCCAGUUUCAUAUGAGACCCCCAGAGGACGAUGAGCCUCAGUCAUGGUGGAUUGCAUCGACGGCCAUCCCGUUGGUGGCAGCUGCAGCGGGACCACUGGCGAAUGUCAUGUCGAUUGUUGCGCUAGUCAUGCCCUGGCGAAGCCAUGUCACCUCCACGGUACCUGGACCAGCCGGGAACUUGCCUCAAGUCGGCUAUGCUGAUCCUCAUUGGGUCACUGCCUUCAAUGCGACGUCGCUGGUUUGCGGAAUCGUGGGCAAUAUUUUCUUGCUGUUGAACUUUACACAGACGGUUCGGUACAUUAUUGCUUUGCCUGUGACGAUAAUUUCAUGGUUUUUAGCUACAGGAAUGUUGUGCGGGCUCACUGCAGCUCUUUCGAUCUACGAUCCUCCAACCGGCCCGAAUAAUGUAUAUUCACAAGCCUUCUGGAGUGCUGUCAUUGCAGCGAUUCUUUAUUUCAUUCUAAGCGUCAUCUUGGUGAUCAACAUGCUGGGCUACUUUCUUGGCCGCUAUCCUCAACAUUUCUCCCUCACAGACGAUCAACGCACCCUAAUUCUGCAAAUGACUGGAUUUGUGGCUUGGCUAAUUAUCGGUGCUGCCAUAUUCCAGCGCGUGCUAGACAUAUCCUUUGCAGACGGACUCUACUUCAGCGAUAUUACGGUCCUCACCUUAGGAUUUGGUGAUGUAGUUGCUCAUACACCAGUGGGCAAAGGCUUGAUAUGGCCGUAUGCGGUGAUUGGAAUUAUCAUGCUAGGUCUUGUGGUCGGAAGUAUUCAUCGGUUUGCUCGAGAAGUUCACUACGAUAACGUGGUGCGCAAGCACAUAGAGCAAAGACGGCAGGCCACCUUUGAGCGGUCUAUUGCUGUUGAUGAUCUCAACAUGGCUAGAGCAGGUUUAUCUGGGCAAGGAACCGGAGUACCUGUGGCACUUACCCUAACCCGCCAGCUGUCCCAUAUGUCAUUACGUCGGAAACACCGCCACCAACCAAUUCGCAACACCAUUCACACUUUGGCAGCUGGUCGUAGACCUCGACUCCUUAUUAUGAGAGAAGAGAAGGAUAGAUUUGAUGCAAUGCGGGCGAUCCAGUACGAUACCAUGCGCUUCCGUCGGUGGAAUGACUUAUUCAUAAGUAUCAUCGCCUUCGCGAUUGUGUGGACAGGCGGAGCAGUUGUCUUCUGGAGACUGGAGGAUAUCUCAUACUUCGACGGCUUGUACUUUUGCUUCUGUUCUCUCCUUACCAUUGGCUACGGCGACGUCACGCCCAAGUCGAAUGCGGGCAGACCGUUUUUCGUGAUGUGGUCACUUAUCGCAAUUCCGACUAUGACCAUGCUCAUCUCGCAAAUGAGUGAUACUAUCGUCGCGGCUUACAAAAAAUCCACGGAAAGGCUUGGUGACUACACACUGAUGCCCCGUUCUGGCGCAUACCGGUCCUGCAUUAAUCAUUUCCCCUUCAUCGUGAAAUUCCUCCAAAAACGCCAAGAGAAAAAGCGACUCAAGCGAGGGUUUCCAGUUGGGGCAGAUACGACCGAUGAUCGGCCGUCAACAGCUCAGACUGAAAAGGAUGUCGAAGAAGCGCCCAUCGGCCGUCGAUCUCAAGAUCGUCCACAUCGAACAAUCGAGGAACUUGCUCGUGAGCCGAACCCCUCCCCGUUUGAACUGGCCCAGCAAUUGGCCUUUGCUAUUCGUCGUACCUCCCAAGAUGCACGAGUAGGAAAACGAAAGCGUUAUUCGUAUGAGGAGUGGGUUGAGCACACCCGCUUGAUCCAAUUUACAGAUCCACGGUCUGGACCCUCUUCCGGAAGCCAGCAGCAACACCGAGGUGUAUCCACAGACGAAGACGAAUUCGGUGUGCUCAACUGGGACUGGAUCGGUGAGAGUAGUCCCAUGUUAGCUCAUCAGACGGAGCCAGAAUGGGUGCUGGAUCGAUUGUGUGAGAGCUUGGUUCGUUACGUGUCGACCCAGGAACAGUCUAGGGCCGAGUCACAGGGCCAAGGAGAUGAUACAGCCGAUGAGCCUACCUUGAGAAAGGAGCAGGACCUCGGACUUGAGCAGACUUGA